AUGGACGUCAACCAGCCCAAGCAGGAGCAUUUGCUGGCUCUAAAAGGUCCUGUUUUCCACUGAUCUUUGCAUCAUGGGGCAAGGAAAUUCUUAUAAAUAAGAUGUUUCAGUCUAUAUACAUGAAUCAUUAUCAAGAGACUGUUUUCCUAAGAAUCACUGGAUUCCUACUGUUCAAGCAUGGAAGUGGUCUUGCACUAUCGACCACAUCAGAGAGAUCCAAUAAAACUGCAGAAACUUGCAGAAGCAGCAGUGAAGGAGUUUCCCAUUCGCCAGUUACCAAGAUUUGCACCCUGGUUUCCAAAUGAUUUACACAGACUUCCCCUCAAACCAAAAAAGCAGGCACCUGUUAUUUCUUGUGAGGAAGCAGAAGAAUUGAAACAGCUUUCUACACCUUCAGAAUAUGUUACAGGAUCUCCUGAUUAUGACUGCACAAAAAAUCUCCUUGAGUUUCACUCUAGCAUGAAACAUGGUCCAACUUUAAUCCAAGUACAAGCUGUUCACAGACCAAUUAACUUGGACUGUCAAGGAGAACCACCAUCUAAUGAAAAACAAAAAUUGAAAAGGUCUUGGAGUGUCUCUCUCCCUAGAGUUAAACUCAAAGAAAAGAUUCAUCCUUUAUCUCAAGAACUACAGAAUAAUUUGGAAAGAUUAAAGCUGCAUGCAUUUUGUAGAGCCAAGUGGACAAUUGAACAGUCUCUUUGUAAAAACCAGAAUUUGGAGGACAUAUGGAUAAAAUUGAAUAGACUCAUUAAACAGAAUGAAUUGCCAUCUUGCAAUGCUACUAUCCAAAGAUCUGUGGGACAGAUAUGGAUUUUCUGUGAUAUAUUAUACUGUGAAUAUGUUAGAAAUAUUCUUAGGGAAAAACUAAGCCUUACAGAUAAAAUGAACUUGUUUGUACAUAAAUAUGGAAUUAUAUUUAGUUUAUAAUUUCAGAUAUAGUUUAAUAAUAACAUUACUGUCAGAAAUACUAGAGUUUUUAAGCAUUUUAGAAUAUAUAGACCUUACAACAACUGAUGAAUUAAUAGUAAAAAAACUACUUAUGUUACUUUGCUACAGUUUUGUAACUAUAAUGAUAUAUUUUUUAACUUUCUUUUGCCUCAAGACUUAUAGUUCUCUUAAGAUUAGUAAGUUUCUGUUUGGCUUAGUACUGUGUUUUAUAGCUUUUCUCUACCUUGUUGGUCUAAAGGAAAAAAUUAAAGUAAAAAUUCCAGACUAUUGUGGCAAGCUAUGUCAGAUAAUAAAAUUAAUGCUAAUAAUUAAUACAGUUAAGCAAAGUACAUACUCUCUGCUUCAUUGGAAUUAGGAGAAGGAAAGAUGUUUUAAAGUGUGUUGUAAUAAUUGCUAUAAUAGCUGUAACUGACAUUAAGAUUUUUAAGAUCUGAUUACUUCCUGAAAGUAGUCUGUGAGUUUUUUUAAUGAUGGCAUAUCCCUCCCAUGAAGUACAAACUUACUUUAUGUGGGACUGUCUUAGUAAUGUUAGCUAUAUUUUCACAGAAGUAUUAAUGAUAGUUUCAGUGGGAGCUGUGGGCUGAAAAAUAAUGAACAACUUAAUAAUUGCUGUUUUAUGCCUUUAAUAAUUUUUUCCCUGAUGUUUCUGUUCUUUUGUCUCUAAUUAUAUUUGGGAACAAGAAAACACUAGCUUCCAGCUAAAAGUGAGGAAAUUAAGAAGUGAGACAUCUAUCUGAAACCUCUUGUUGUCUUUGAGAAUUUGAAUGCCUUUUAUGGUCAUAAAAGGCAGAGUUCAGGAUGACUUUUUGUCUCCUAAAAGAACUAAGUGUUCCAAGGUCAUGCUGUCCCUGCUCAAUUGAAACUUUGGAGGCUCAGUAGAGAAGUUAAACUGGAUCAAUAUGACUGCAGGUUAUGCAUUUUCACUCCUACUAAUUCUAGAUAGUUUUGCUGUAGCUGGAGGUCAAGGUCUGUAGCAUCUGGAAAAGGGGGAAAACAGUAUUUGUAGACUGUUAGAUUGUCAUUAAUGCCGCUCACACCAAAGUGUACCUAAGCAUAACAGAGAUCCCUCUGUAUAAAAAAAAUUAAUUCCCCUCAAACUUAACAUUCUUAUAAUAUCCUUGUGUUGGAUAAUUGUAUUUUAUUAUAGGCUUUAUGUAUUUUUAGAUAAAAAAAUUCUCCAUUUGAGUCAUUGACAUGUAUUCUUAAAUUUUGACUGAAUUUUAAGACAUUUGUGGAUGUCUUAUAUUGAUGUUUGGGGUGUUUGUGACAUUUAAUAUGACCACUUAGCAAAAUUGAUGCAAAAUGGUGUCUAGACUGCAUUAUAACUGCAGUAUAACAGUGAGUUGUUAUUAGUUUUAAAGUAAUAUAGCCAAAUUUUUUACUGACAUUAUAUUUCUGAGCUCAACAUUUAUAGUAACAACAUUUCUUUGUGCAUCAGCAUUUUUGAAAAUGAAAUGAAGUAAAAUGCAGUGUGAUUUGAGUUCUAUUUAAUGUAUUUUGUAUCUAGGAUCUUAGAAGAGAUGAUACAUUUUCUAACAUUAAUUUAGUACUCCUAAUAAAUGUGGUAAUAUGCCUGU